UGCAAGUCCCCUGCCUUUCCCAUUUGUUUGUCGAUUCAAUUUUCAUUUUCUCCCUCAAUAAUUUGGAAAAAUACAAAAAGAGAAACCCUUUCUUUAUUAAUUUUUCUGCUUUUUUUUUUUCCGUUAAAUAAAAUUCUCUUAUUUAAUCUCUAAAUAAAUUUACUAAGCUUAAAUUCUUUAUAAUAGCGGGAUACUUGAAUUUCACCUUUGUCACUAACAAGCUUAGUUCAUGUCAGAUUCUAUUGACGGAUUCUCCUAGAAAAGAAGCAGAGAGUCUUUUCUUUGUUCUUCUAAUUCUUUUACUUUGCCUCACAAUUCUCUCUGUUUAUCGAUCAGUUGAAGUAUAAAGUUCUGAUUGUCAAAUAAUUUAUCUGUGUUGGGUGGCACAUAGGAACUGUCAAUUGGUGGUUGAAGGGCUAGAGACUUGGCCCAAUCAGGUCAUUGGUGUUGCUAACUUGAUGAUUUUGCGCUUUAGCCAGUUGCUUCUUUUUUCAACAUGAGCAACCAAUAUGGUGAAGAUCAUGAAGACACAACUGUUGUGGGAUUUGAAGUUCCAAAGUCUCCAGAUUCAAGUUACAACAAUGCCUAUCCUGGGAAUGAAGAUGAUGCUCGAGACCCACCUGCAGUCCCUCCACACCUGCAACAUACCUUGCUUAGCUACCCAGCAAGUGCAGAUACUUCUGAAACUAUCCCUGAGCCGCAAAAUGUAAUUCUCAACCAUCUUUAUAUUGAAAACAGAGAGGCCCCACGCUCUGUGGUGGCACUUGGUUUCACUCAUCGCUUCCGUUCAAAAUAUGUCACUGUUGUGCUAUACAAACCUGUUCAGAGGAGGGGGAGUUCCAGCACUUAAAUAUGCAUAUAGUAUAAACCAUUACUAGUGUUGGUUUGAUUGCUCUGAUUGUGAUGAGAUUAGCCGUGACUCGUGAUUGACUGAAAUACAAAAUUAGACAGAAAGAAUAUUUUAUUGUCUCGCAGCAGCUGGUGGGAUUAUGUUUGUUUCAUUGAAGUUCUCUUCCCCUGAAUUAUCAAUUCUGUCAGCAGGGGAGAAUUGCUAUACAUAUAAAAGUUCUCGAUUCACAUUCUUUU